AUGGCCGAGGUCGAAAAUCCCGCCAUGGACGAAUCAUUCGCUGUGUCCGAAGCUGCGGACGACCAGAAUCAUGGCAUGACCGCCAGCGCAACGGUCGGCACGAGACGCCAGGCCAACGGCACCAUUGGCUCCGUCUACUCGGGCAACAAGAUUCGGCAUCUCAAGAAGGAGGAUGGCAUUCCCCUAUGGCGCAAGGAUAUCCAGUACCAGUUUCUGAAGCUCGUUUUCGAGGACAAGACCCCGGUCUUCACGCGGUACCCCGACGGACAAAAGAAUCUCGACUUUGCCGACAUAUACAUCGAUGCGAUGGCGAGGAGCAGCAAGACGAGCAAGAUCCUUAAAGACAAGUUACAGAAUGACAAGCCCGCUGCCAUAAGCAUGGCGAUGGUCUGUCUGCUGGUUAAUUUCGGCCGCAUGAACACGACUCUGAACUUCUUUCCCGAAAUGCGUGCCCAGUUGCGAACCUACCACUCCAUCCCUUCUCUUCAAGCCCACCAAGAUUCCAAUGCCUACAAGCAGCUGCAGGAUGCUCCGCGUCUCAAGUCUAUCCUCAAGGGCGCCUCGGAAGAUGUCGAUCAGCCGAAUACCUUGGACAAGAUCAAGCGCCAGGAUGCACCUCGGACAAACCCUGUCAACCUCAUCUUCGUCUUGGCGCAAUAUGCUCCAAAGGUUUCGGAAAUGCAUUUCUUCCCCCCGCGCGACUUCUUCGACUUGGUCAUGAGAUCCACCCUCAGUAGUAAGAGCCGCGCUCGGGCGUUCCUUUGGCUGAUGUGGUGGUAUCUGGAGAGCGAUUUCACACCCGAGGCCGCAAGGAAUAAUCCGUUUGGGCCUGGUUUGGAAGGUGAGGGCACUGAGGGCUUGCCUUUGAAGGUGCCGGUAUUUGAGAGCUUGACAGAGGAGCAGGCCAACGAGGAGAAUGUGGAUUCACCUGAAGAACUGGAAUAUGGAGAAAUGAAGAGGCUUGAGCGCAAGCGCAUCUUGGAAGAGGAUGAGCCAAUUCCCCGGAUUCCGAAGCGCCCAAAGAAAGAAUAUGGCUUCGACGAAGACUCCUUCGCAGGCGACUACUCUGGCAUGGGAGGACGCGGAUCCGCCAUGUCAACACCACUUCAUCCAUCUGCGAAGCGAAGCUUGGAUGACGACGACGACGAGCUCACACCUGGCAUGUCUCGACCCCGCAACAAGCAAGCUAAGCGUGAAUCGUCUUUGAACCGUGCCGUGGGCCAGCAGCGUCUCAUCUUGAAGACCAGAAUGGAUCAUACCCCCGAUGCUUCUCCCGCCCCUUCUGGAAACCACCCUGUUCUGAACCGCUUCAUUCCUGAGCCUUCACUAUCACAGGCGCCUGGCCGUCGGCCGCGCCCUCUCACGCAACAUCAGAUUGCCGUCGAGCAAAAUCGCCGGCAACGCAUCGAAUACCUCCUUGCGAAGCGGAGAAGCAAUGCUUAUCGCGUUAUUCGUGGCAAGCGCGAAAACGAGAUUCCAUUCGUCCGAUAUGGACGCCUCCUACAGGGUCUACCCGACGGUUACGAUACAGAGGAUGAAGAGACUGCAUGGGGCAAAGGUGGCCUGGUUCCGAAUCCCGAGGAAGAGGACGACUUCGGCGAGAGCGCCAGCUUCUUCCUUUCUGUGAUCCGCAAAGCAUCUCGACGUCUUGAUCGCUGGGACUACGAGUACGCCAAUGGACCGAAGAAGGAUCGCCGUCAGGAGCGGGAGGAGCGUCAACGCACGAAGGCCGCUUUGGAAGCUGAUGUACGGGCUGCUAAUAACCGGUCUCGCGCACGACCGUCUCGGGGCGGUCCCGCGAAGCGCAAGUCCACCAACCUUGCGGCAACCUCUGGGGGCAAGAAGGCGCCUGGGUCUGCACGCCCGAAGGGUGGUCGCAGUCGUCCUGUCGGUGCAUCUGGGGUGGGCACACCAUCUUGGGACCCUGAACAUGCCACUGGAAAUGAGUACAUGGAAGGCGAACUGGAUGACUUGGACCGCGAGCUACUCGGCGAGGCCUCCGGCGAGGACGAUAUGCCACCACGCGCAGGACAAGACGACGGCGAUUCCUCAGAUGAUUCGGACGACGACGACGAGAACUCGUCAACCUACGACGGACCCAACGGCUACGCACGACACGAGAGCUCAUCCCCUGUUCCGUCGGGACUAGGCGAACGAGGUGACGUGGCAAUGGAGGACUAA